AGUUCCCGCGUUUGCGACUCUUUCAAUCACAAGCGUCAACCUGGAGCUGAAGCCAGUCGUUCCUGAUAUGGAUGAUCUUUAUUUAGACAAUAUCGACGAAUUUGUGAAUGAUCAAAAUAAGAUCGUCACAUACAAAUGGCUCAGUUUAACCCUUGGAGUCCAUGUGAACACAGCAAAACAAAUGUUGUAUCAUUACUUGGAGCAAAAACGUAAUGAAAGUUCAGGGACAGCCCUUCAUGCCACUUAUCUGGUAUCUGGCAAGUGUGUUGAGAAUGGGACUACGUGUCAUAAAGUGUCUGUAGUUCGUGAGGAUAAGCUGGAGGCUGUUAAAGCAAAGAUGGAGGUGACUAUAAGUGUGCAUGUGUACAGUGUGCAGAGAGCGGAGCUGAAGGAUAGUUCUCCACUUUACACCACAGAUUAUGAUGCUGUAAAGGAGAACCUAAAAAACUGCAGCAAAUACAGUGCUAUACGGUGUGCUGCGGCAGUGCCUAUGUCAUCAGCUGAGUUGCAAAGAGCUCAAGAGAUAGCAUUGGUUCCUCCAGCAGAGAAAGAAAUCAGCAAAUCUGGCUUGAAUGAACCCAUUGCUACCUCCAAACCCAGUGCUAAGCCGCCAGCGGGCAUCAUGGGUAUGUUUGCUAGCAAAAGUGCUUCUAAGGUCCAAGAAUCCAGCAAGGAAGUGAAAACAGAGCAGAAAGACGAUUCUUCCCCGGUUGAAACAUCAAAAACCAAACCAGCUUCCAAAGCAAACCCCAUGAGUAACUUCUUUGGGAAGUCUGCCCAAAAAAAGGUAGAAGAAAAACCCAAGAAAAGCAUCAAGGAAGAGACUGACAGAGGUUCGACGGCAUCGGCUUCUGGAAAUAUAAAACAGUCACAGGUAUCUCCUAAAUCUGAUGGUGAAGUUAAAGAGGAACCAUCCAAAACUUCAAGAGCUUUGAAGAGUGAAACAAAAGACACUCGAAUUAAAACAAAACGUCCUGAGGUUGUGGACAGCGAUGAUGAGCAAGUGGAGAGCCAGCAGAAGAAGAGACGGCGGAUAAAGAAGCCCCAGCCAGACAGCAGUGAUGAUGAGGUUGUGCCAGAUUCUCCACCUGUGCCAAACAUACAUACUCCCAGUCCCAAAAAGCAAGUGAAGAAAGAGGCCGUUUCACACCAAGAAGAUGGCUCAGUGGUGAGGAGGAGGAAAAGGAGACGUGUAUUGAAAUCUCGCACAUUUGUUGAUGAAGAAGGUUGCUUUGUGACUGAGAAAGGUUAUGUGAGCGAGUCUUACUCCGAGAGCGAAGAGGAGCCUGAACCCACCAGUCAAGCCAAGGAGUCAAGCUCACUCAAGCAGUCAAUUGGAAAAAAGGAAGAAGAGAAAAAAGAAAAGGGUCAGAAGAAGACCUCUGCCGCAAGCAAACCUACAAAACAGCCAUCCAUCAUGGGAUUUUUCCAAAAGAAAUGAUUUUUUUAGAUUGUUAUCUAUGGACUUUUAAAGGAAUAGUUCAUCUGGAAAUUAAAAUGUGCCAUCUGAUACUUGCCCUCAUGCUGUACUAAAACAUAUGUGUGUGUUUACUACUUAAAGAGGAGAAAAUAAUAACUGGAGGAUUGAGAAAUAAUGACAAAAAUGUCUUUUUUUUUGGUCAAAUCUCUUUUAAAGAGAUUGUUCAUGAAAAAAAGAACAUUUGCUAUUAUUUUACUCUCCCUCAGGCCAUCAAUUGUGUUAUAUUCUCUUUAACAGAACAUAAAGGUUUUUAGCUGAAAUCUUGGUCCUUGAUAUAUAAAAGUCAACUCAAUCAGAGACUAAAAAAAACACAGUGAAAACAAAAUUGUGGCUCUUACUGGUCUGUGAUGGAACCUGAACGUUGUAGAACAGCAUCAGCCCAAAUGAGUUUGCAUCUGGAAAUAUAAGACAAGAAACUUGUCAUGAACACAAUCAGGACCAUCUGAUGCUGUGAAUAUUUGGUAAUAAUGUUGGGUUUCUUGUGGAGACCAAUGAUUUUGCUUCAUAAGCCUUCAAUCUCUCGAGGAACAGGAUUAUUGAUUUAGUUUAGCCUUUUUUGUGUGUCUGUCUGUCUGUCUGUCUUUAAAGUAGCUGUUGAUUUGUGGAAUCACCCAGGACCAUGGUUUCAUCUAAAAAUAUUCAUUAAUGUUCUACUGGAGAAGAAAAGUCCAAUUUAUUGUGGAUGGACUGAUGCUUUUGCAGCAAAUUUUCUUUUUUUUUGUUUUGAACUACCGCUUUAAGCAUUUGUUUUCAGCAGUGAGCUUCCCAUAAACAUGAUAAAAGGGAAACAUACCUCCUUUAUCACCGAAAGCUCUUCAGAAACAUUGACUUGGAGUAAUUUCUGCUUCCACAAGAACAACCUUUAAGUGCCCAGGUCUGCCUCAAGUUCAAAUGCUGUAUUUCACUUUUAGACCUGAUCUGAUUGUCUGAAUGUAUGAUCUCGAUUAUAGCAGAUUUCCUUCAUCUGUUUUGACAUUGUCUGUUCAUUGUUACAGUGUUGCCAGAUAAUAAAUCAACAUUUAUAAUAA